AUGGGCCAAGGCUUCUCGCUCGCCACGCCCUCGGCGGGCUCUGCCGGCAUCGACAUUCCGCAGCUGCAGGAUAUCCAGUACGAGCGGAGCAUCGGUGAUGCGCGGUUCAUGAAGAGCAUCCGGGCCCGCGACGAGAACGCAGUCGUGCUCGUCAAGCUGCUCGUCAAGCCAUUCGCCGACGUCAAGCUCGACAAGUACAAGAAGCAAAUCAUAGAACAGCGAAAAGCUCUUGCCACCAUCCCCAACGCCCUCGGCUUCCAGCGCGUCAUCGAAACAGAGACCAACGGAUACCUCGUCCGCCAGUUCAUGUACAGCUCGCUCUACGACCGCAUCAGCAACCGACCGUUCCUCGAGGACAUUGAGAAAAAAUGGCUCGCCUUCCAGCUGCUCUGCGCCCUGCGCGACUGCCAUGCCCGCGACAUUUACCACGGCGACAUAAAGGCUCAGAACGUGCUCGUGACCUCGUGGAACUGGCUGUACCUGACAGACUUUUCGUCCGCCUUCAAGCCCGUCAUGCUGCCCGACGACAACCCCGGCGACUUUUCGUACUUUUUCGACUCCUCGGGCCGACGAACCUGCUACAUUGCCCCCGAGCGAUUCUACGCCGCGGGAGCCGCCCCGCCAGAGACGGCCAAGAUGACAUGGGCCAUGGACAUUUUCAGUGCUGGUUGCGUCAUUGCACAAAUGUUCCUGGAAUCCGAGAUCUUUAGUCUGGCACAGCUGUAUAAGUACAGAAGAGGCGAAUACGACCCCGUCAUCACCCAUCUAAGCAUUAUCUCCGACAAGGAUGUGCGCGAAAUGAUUGCCAACAUGAUUCACCUGGACCCCGAGAAACGCUACUCGGCAGACCAGUGCUUGGACUUUUGGAAGGGAAAAGUGUUUCCGCACUACUUUUACAACUUUCUGCACCAGUACAUGGAGCUAGUCACAGACCCUUCGUCGGGAAACAGCCCAAUGUCUGGCGCCCAAAGGAAUGAAGGCGAAUCCGACGACCGAAUCGAUCGCGUCUACUACGAUUUUGACAAGAUUUCCUACUUCCUCGGCUACCAGUCUGACAAGAGAACACAACACAACAAACCCCGACUUCAGUCUAAACUGGGCCUAUCACACUUUCCAGUGCAGCUCAGCAUCCCGAAUAACGAACAUACAGUCUCUGCCGAUCUGGAACCACCGGAAGAUGACGGCACACUGAUAUUUCUGACCCUGGUCGUUUCUGCCAUGAGAACUACGGCAAGAGCUACGUCGAGGAUGCGAGCUUGUGAUAUUCUUCUGGCUUUUGCCGAGAGAUUGACGGAUGAAGCAAAACUAGACCGCGUCUUGCCUUAUCUGAUGACGCUUCUCAGAAGAGACGAAACGGACAUGGUCGUAGUCUCCGUCAUACGCACUAUUACACAACUUCUGCAAAUGGUGCACAUGGUCACACCGAUUAACUCGCACGUAAUUGGGGAUUAUAUACUUCCUCGCAUGGAAAUCGCGCUGGGCUCAAAAACGCAUGCUGCUAGUCCCCUCGUACGGGCCACAUUUGCAUCGUGUUUGGGCAGCCUUGCAUCGAGCGCCCAGAGAUACCUCGAGCUAGCCUCUAGCGUACGCCCAGACGGCUCCAUGUCUAUUGCAGACCCCGAGAUCGAGCCUGGUGCAGAGGCAGACACCAAUUUUGAAAGCAUAUUUGAUAAUGCUGGAAGGCAACUCUUCGAGAAGAUUGAGGGCUUCACAAAACAGCUUGUUGAGGAUCCGGAUGUAUAUGUACGACGGGCAUUUCUGUCAUCAGUACCAGAGCUGUGCAUGUUUUUCAAGGAGCAGUCGAAUGAUGUACUACUGGCGCAUCUAAACACCUAUCUCAACGAUCGAGACUGGACUUUAAAAUGCGCAUUCUUCGAUACCGUCGUCGGCAUCGCUGCUUUUAUCGGAAGCGUGAGCCUGGAAGAAUUUAUGCUGCCUCUUAUGGUCCAAGCACUAGCCGAUCCCGAAGAGUAUGUUGUGCAGGCUGCUAUUCACUCUCUGGCGCAACUUGCCGGCCUUGGCUUACUUUCCAAGGCGAAGCUAUGGGAACUCCUGGAUCUGAUCGGCCGCUUCACCAUGCACCCGAACAUAUGGAUUAGAGAGUCUGCCGCUGAAUUCAUCUCCAUGUCUGCGAGCUUUCUUGAACCUGCCGAUGUGCGCUGCUUCUUGCUGCCGCUGGUCAAGCCGUACCUGAAGAUUGCUCAUCUUCCCGACUACAAUGAGCUGAGCGUACUCGAUGCUUUACAAACUCCGCUUACCCGGCCCGUAUUUGACCAGGCCAUAACAUGGGCUACCCAGACCGAUCGCGGACUGUUUUGGAAGUCUCUACAACACGCUCGCUCACUAGCCUUUGGGUCCUCUUCCACGCUGGCAGCACGAUCCAAAGACCUCAUCUCAAGCCCGCUGAGCAAGUCAAACCGUAACGACGAGGACGACCAGUGGUUAGAGAAACUGCGGAACUUGGGAUUGAAGCCAGGAGAUGAGAUCAAAUUGCUGGCUCUGCGAGAAUUUAUUUGGAGACUGAGCACCAUGCGCAAUCGGGACUCAUCUCCAGCGGAGCCCAACAUUUCUAUCGGACUGAUCUCGCUAAAGGAUCUCGGCGUCACACCACAAACAGUUUUUUUUAAUGAUACCCCCCUGAAGGACCCUUCCAUUACUCCAGACUUGGAACCACCGUCGGCGCAAUAUACAAUUGCGGAUGCGUUGCUGGACGCGUCCAUGACUAUUGACGAUACUGUCGCCAAGAGAAGAAGAGCUGCAAACGUGCACAAGAACAGAAUUCAAAGCGUUGGCCCUCGAGGCGGUCGUAUUCUUUCACCGAGUGGAAGUGGCCGUGCUAGCUCCCGCGACUCUCGUAUACCAUCGAAUGGAUCUCGAGAUGACGUAUCUGUCAACGAAGGGUCCUAUGCACUGAGGCGUGCAAUGCGUCACCAGACGAGUGCUCUGAGCCUUCUUGACCGUAAAGACGGAGGUAAAUCUAUACCUGAGACUGGGACCAGCGAUGCCAAUGCCUUUGGUGAAAUGGAGGGUCCAUUUACACAAAUGGCUCCCGUGCAGCCACCAUCCUCUGUGAAGAAUGCCGAAACACAGUCGAUAAAGCAACCGAAGCACAGCUAUGCAGGCAACGACCCAAGCAUACAAUUCAUGCUCGACAACAUGUAUGUCGACAAUUUCCCUCGGGAUGUACUCGAGUUCGGCCCUAUGGUUGAGCCGAUUUCGAGAAGGAAGAACAGAGCUGUUCGCCCCAAGAUCGCUGAAGACCGCUGGAAACCGCAGGGGCAGCUGGUGGCUACUUUCGGCGAGCAUAGAGGUUCUAUUAACCGCAUCGCUGUCUCCCCAGACCACAUGUUCUUCGUUACUGGUGGCGAUGACGGCGCUGUCAAAGUCUGGGACACGGCCCGACUGGAACGCAACAUUACACAUCGAUCACGACAGACACACAAACAUUCUGAUGGGGCACAUGUGAUUGCACUGUGCUUCAUUGAGAACUCGCACUGCUUUGUUAGCUGCGCCAGCGAUGGCAGUGUCCACGUAGUCAAGGUUGAUACUGUCUCAGCCAGUGGUGUUAUUAGAUAUGGCAAACUGCGGCUGCUCCGCGAGUAUCGUCUGCCAGAAGGAGAAUUCGCCGUCUGGUGCGAGCAUUUCAGGCAAGAGACCAACUCUGUCCUGAUUUUGGCUACGAACAAAUCCAGAAUCCUGGGUAUUGAUUUACGAACCAUGACUCUGCUUUAUGUGUUGGAAAACCCAGUCCAUCACGGCGCACCGACCUGCUUCUGUGUUGAUAGGAAACGACACUGGCUAUGUGUUGGCACGUCGCAUGGCAUUAUAGAUCUCUGGGACCUACGUUUCCAGGUGCGCUUAAAAGCUAUGGGUGUUCCCGGAAAGAGUGCCAUAUAUCGCAUCUGCAUACAUCCGUCAAAGGGUCGUGGCAAGUGGGUAUGCGUCUCCGGCGGCGCCGAGCACGGUGAGAUCACGACUUGGGACCUAGAAAAGACAACUUGUCGCGAGAUUUACAGAACUGGUGCCAUUAAGGAUGGUCCCAAAGGAUACACGGCGUGGGACGUGGACAAGGAGAAGCCCGAGGGCAUCCUGUCGCGCUUUGCCACAAACCUGGACAUGGCCGAUUCUGCCAACGCCGACCGCGGUGUCCGCGCCAUUGCCGCGGGCAUUUCCACCGGUGAGGACUCGCGCGACAUCCGCCACUCUUUCCUCGUCAGCGGCGGCUCGGACCGAAAGAUGCGCUUCUGGGACAUUUCUCGCGUCGAAAACUCGUGCGUUUUCAGUGGGCUGGAGCCUGACGAGGUGCAGCCGACGUACUCUGCUGUGCAGCCGACGACGUCAACCACGGUCAACACGGAGCGCCUUGCCAGGCAGAGCGCUACGGCGGCCGCAGGGACGGGAACUAGCGGCCGGUCCAAAAAUGCCGCGAAUGGCCGUCCGGCGAGAUCGACGGUGAUUUCUCUGCAGCAGCAGCAGCUCUUGCAGUCGCACCUUGACUCAAUUCAGGAUGUGGCGCUGCUCGAGUACCCUUAUACGAUGAGUGUAUCCGUUGAUAGAUCGGGGAUGGUCUUUGUGUUUCAUUAG